ACCCCAACUUUUUUCCGAUUUUUCUUUUCGCCAUUUCUCCCUUUCCAUCUCCUCUUUUCACCUCUUUCUACUUCCUACUUUCCACCCAUUUCUCCCUGUCGGCCCGCCAUGACUGUCGAAAUCUCCGGCGGAUUCACCGCCACCAUGUUCUUCGCAUCUUUGACCUUGAUUCUCUGUUUCUCCCGUCCCUCGUUCGCCGGCUUACUUUCCGAGCCGGCGGGUCCGGGGGAUUUCCCGUCAACUGUCCCGUCGUACCCCUUUCAGCCCGACGGAAAAGUCUGCCGGCUUGACUUGUCCGACGAGCUUUUCGGCGGGGUCAGCGCCGCCUGCGGGAGGGACCUUGACCGGAGCCGGUGUUGUCCGGUGCUGGCGGCGUGGCUUUUCGCCGCUCACGCGCGGAUGUCGUUGGAUGUUCCGGCGAAUACGCCGCCGUCUACGGCCGGGUCCGAGCGGCCUUUGUUGCCGGACGACUCCCAGAAGUGCGUCAACUCGCUCCAGACAUCCCUGGAGGCCCGGAACAUUCGGAUUCCUCAGCCCAAUGCCUCGUGCGACGCCGUUUUGUGCUUCUGUGGCAUCAGACUCCACCUCAUCACCUCCCUGAGCUGCCCCGCCGCGUUUAACCUCACCGGCGUUCGCAACGCCACCCCCACCGCCGCCGUGAGAAACCUAGAGAAAAACUGCCGGAACUCCUCCUACGCCGGCUGCACCAGGUGUCUCGGUGCUCUCCAAAAGAUCAACGGCGGAGCAAAAAACGGGACGCACAAAGGGCGAAACGACGAAGACGGCGGCGGACGGGCGGCGAAGAUGUUCAGGCGGGACUGUCAGCUGAUGGGGCUGACGUGGCUGCUGGCGCGGAACAAGACGGCGUACAUCCCGACGGUCUCGGCGGUGCUACGCGCCGUCAUGUACAGCUCACAUCCGCCGCAGGAUUCCAAGUGCAGCCCGGACCAGGAGAACAUGCCGCUGGCGGUGAACUCCGUGCAGCUCGAAAAAGGGGAGUCGCCGCCGCCGCCCGGAGCUGCUUCGCCGUUGCGGAAAUUGUUUCCGGUUUUGCCCUUGCUCUUGUUGGUCGUCAAUCAGCGGAAUGGGUGGGCGUGAAAUGGGGUUAGGUGACAAUGGUGCCCCUCAGAUGUCGGGCUUUCACGUGAAGCUAAUAGACAAAAAUGGUGGAAGGUUGUUUUUGUCAUUUUGUCCCACUGUAUAUUCACUAGUCUCCCUUUUUUUUAAGAAAAAAUGGUUAAUCUCAAAUCAAGUUAGAAACUCAGUACGGUUUUCCCAAUCGCUUAUGAUUUUAUACAU